AGUUUGUGUGAGUCAGCUGAUGUAAAGUGUUUAUUUAAGCAAAUGCCGAAAACUAAAAAAAUUGGCACUCGCCAGUUUUUUUCAUAUAGCGAAGACGACUUGAAAAAAGCUAUUGAAGCUGUAACACAAAAUGGAAUUAGUAGAAAAGCUGCAGCACGUCAGUUUAAUGUUCCUCGAACCACACUGAUCCGUAAAUUAUACUCGCCUGCUACUACUCCUCGGAAAAUGGGUCCAGCAACAGAGCUUUCUGAAGCAGAAGAAAAUGUUUUUGAAAACUGGGUACUAGCAAUGGCUCGCAAGGGUUUUCCUAUUCAUAGACAAAACCUUAUGUUAUCAGUGAAAAAAUUUCUUGAGGAAACUGGCCGAGAAACUAAAUAUUUAUUAAAUAAAACUCCUGGGCGUUCUUGGUUUCAAGGAUUUUUAAAACGUCACCCUAAAAUUAAAGAGAGAUAUCCUGAAGCUGUCAGCAAAGCUCGGGCAGCAGUAACACAAGACCGAAUUGAAGCAUGGUUUGAUGAAAUUCAACUUUUUUUAGAGGAAGAUAGAUAUGAUGAAAUAUUAUUAGAUCCAACUCGGGUAUUCAAUGCAGAUGAGGCAGGAUUUUGCCUAUGUCCGAAGAGUGAAAAAGUUCUAGGCCCUGUAGGCUACAAAGAAGAUUUUUAUAUUAGGGUAUCAUCGGAAAAAGAGCAGAUAACCGUAAUGGCCACUUUUUCAGCAGAUGGCAAGCAUGUUCCUCCAAUGUUGAUCUUUCCUUACAAGAGAAUCCCAGAAGCUAUAGCUAAAUCAGUGCCAGAAAAUUGGGGUCUUGGUAGAUCUGAUUCAGGGUGGAUGACAUCCCAAGUAUUUUAUGAAUACAUUUCGAACCAUUUCCUGCCAUAUUUAAAAUCCAACAAUAUCCAAAGGCCAGUAAUUUUAUUCGUCGAUGGGCAUCGAUCACAUUCAACAAAACAUGUUAGCCAGCUAUGCGAUGAUAAUGGAAUUAUUUUGGUAUCACUUUUUCCCAACACUACCCAUAUUAUGCAACCAGCUGACGUAUCUGUUUUUAAACCUCUUAAAGCUGGUUGGUCAGCAGAAGUGAGAAACUGGAAAUUUCAAAACUUUCCAAAAGAUGUGACACGUUCUACUUUUGGUACUAUUUUAGAAUCUGUUUUUAGUAAAUAUGCUUCUGAGGAAACAAUUAAAAAUGGAUUUAGAAGAAGUGGGUUGUAUCCCUUUAAUAAAAAUAAUGUUGAUUACACAAAAUGCAUACCAAACAGAAUAGUUGCUGCACAGAUUUCUGAUAAAGAAACACCUAAAAAUGCCUUAGAUGUACUAGAAAAUAAAAUUGAAAAAAAAUACCUUACAGAAUUUAUACAAACAUAUUCAAAAAGAGAAACCUGGUCUGAAGACAUAUCUUAUUCAAAGCUUUAUAGUGUCUGGGCCGAAAUUAAAAUGGAUUGUGAAAAUGAAAAUCCUCAACAGAAAGAAAUACACCCCAAAAAUAUAAGUAUUACGUCACCAGUCGCUGGACCAUCGAGACGUCAAUGGGAAACACCUCCCCAAAAAUUGGAAUAUGAAAAUCCUCAACAGAAAGAAAUACACCCCAAAAAUAUAGGUAUUACAUCACCAGUCGCUGGACCAUCGAGACGUCAAUGGGAAACACCUCCCCAAAAAAACAUUCGCUACUAUGAAGAAAAAGAAUCAGAAGGGUUUAAAAUUCCAACUCCAUUUAAAAAAUGUUUAGUAUUUCCUCAAACGCCUGAUGGAACUUUAAAAACACCAAAACACAAAAGAAAAAUAUUUCCUGCAGUAGUUUCAAGUGCGAAAUAUCGAGAAUUUUACGAGAAUGAAGUAAAGAAGAAGAAUGGUCCGAAAAUAACAAAAAGAAAACAACAAAAAACAAAUACAGUCAACGAAGAAAGCAGCUCUAAUUCAGAUAUGGACGUUACUUAUCUCGACGAAGAUCUUGAUCUUAGUGAAAAUGAAAACAUCAUACUAAAGACAAAUCAACAUGUUAUUGUCAAGUACAUGGAUACACAUUAUCCAGGAAUAGUUCUGAAACAUGAUGAAUUCGGGGCAGAUAUCCGAACUAUGGUUAGUGCUGGCAUAAAUUCCUGGAAAUGGCCAGUUAAAGAAGACGUAUUAUAUUACUUUAUUGAAGACAUAGUUUGUAAUAUAAAAGAACCUGAAGUAAAGAACAAUAGGGGUCAUUUUAGUGUGCCUGAGAUGGCAAAAUAUAAUGGUGUCCAUUACUAAGUCCAUAAUAUGUCCAUUACCCAUGUUUUGUGACCAUUACUAGCUCAUGUGCUACCUUUUUUUAAAUAAGAGAUUUUCUAAAAUUUGUUGUCCUUAUUUUCAAAAAUCCUCAUAAUAUCCAGAAAGUACAUAAAAUAAGCUUUUAAAUUCAUUAGUGUCAAAUAUAUUAUAUGAAGCUGUGCCUCAGUAAAACAUUAUUAAACUUAAAAUUUGCUUAAGAGUGUCCAUUACUGGGUCAGUUACCCUAUAUCAAAGAA